AAGCCUUGCUCCCCGUGGGGCCAGAAAUCUCUUUCAAGCUCCAGAUUGUGAAGGUUUCCUGGGUGAGCAGUGGGUCUCUCUGCUCCCGUCUCCAGGGGCUCGUGGAUGGGACCUUGCUCUGGAAGGAACCAUGGACCUCUGGCUUUGGUCACUUUGCUUCCUGCCAGUGGCUGGGGCUCUGAGGGUCUUCCCCGAAGUAAAGAUGGUGGGAAUGCUGGGUGGAUCCGUUACCAUUGAGUGUCCGCUUCCUCAAAUGCAUAUGAGGCUCUAUCUGUGCCGGCAAAUGGCCGAAUCUGGAGGAUGUGCCACCGUGGUGUCCAACAAGAACUUUGUCAAGGAAGAAUACAAGCACCGCAUCACCCUGAAGCCUUGUCCAGAUAAGAAUUUGUUCCUAGUAGAGGUGACAGAGCUGGCCAAGAGUGACAGUGGAGUCUAUGCCUGUGGGACAGGCAUGAACACAGACCGAGGCAAGACCCAACUAGUCAUGCUGACUGUCUACAAUGAGUAUGAGCCAUUCUGGGAAGAGGAGCCGAUGCCCGAGCCUCCACCUUGGCUUCAUCGAUUUCUACACAUGCCGACGCCCCCUUGGCUCCAGAUGCCUGUGCAUGACAGUUCUUUUGAAUUUGUACCUAAAGUUACCACACCAGCUGAAAGGACGGAGGCCCCUCCAGAAAUCCACUCCUCCCCCACCACCCCAAUCUCUCACCAUCUUCGAGUUUCCAGGGCAUCUUCAGUAGCAGCUGCCAAGCCCCCAACCUUCCUGCCAUCCACCACAACCUCAAAGACCUCAGCUCCGGAGAGGCUGCUUAGGCCCCAGACAGCCAGCUACAACUACCACACCAGGCUUCAUAGGCAGAGAGCCUUUCACCAGGAUCCCGUGCCUGGGUUGGAAGACCAAGGAUUUCACAUCCUGGUGCCCACUACCCUGGCCCUCAUCCUGCUGGCACUGCUGGGACUGCUGAUGAAAAGGGUCAUUCAAAGGAGGAAAGCCCUCUCCAGGCGGGUCCGCCGAGCGGCCGUGAGAAUGCGCGCCCUGGAGGCAUCCCAGCGGCCUCCGCUGCAUCGGCCCCGCGCGUCGCAGCCGCUGCGCUCCCAGAACAUCUACAGCGCCUGCCCGCGGCGCGAUCCGGCGGCGGACGCGGAGGGUGACGGGGAGGUACCUCUCCCACGCCCGCGAGCGUCGGCGCCCCCUGCCGCUCCUCAGGUGUCUGAAGCUCUCUGGCUCCAUGCCCCAUCUCUGAAGACCAGCUGUGAAUAUGUGAGUCUCUACCACAAACCUGCUGCCAAAGUGGAGGACACUGAUUCAGAUGACUAUGUCAAUAUUCCCUGCCUGACUCACCUAUCCAGCUGUCCCCCUGGGCCCAGACCUUGGUGCCAAUGAGUCCUGUCUAGCUGCUGGUUUCCAAUACUUGCUCUGUUUUCAGAGUCCUCAUUACCUCCCACGCCAACUUCAAGUCUCAUUCCUGUCUCUUCUGAGAAUAGCUCAGUAACCCCUCGCAGCUCUUCUUGCACACCUCUGCAGCCCCCUGCGGUUUUCAAGUGGGCUCUGGGCAUGCAGAGCAUUUGUCCCAGCACCACCUGCUUCUUCUCCAAGCCAUGGGAUUUGCAGAGUGUCU